AUGAAAGACGAUCAGACACGGGUGAAGAAUUUAAUAAUAGAAACGAUAUCUGUUUUGUGCCGGAAUGGCUUGAAAUGUAAAAGGUCAAUGUCCAUUCAGGGUUUGAUUGGCAUCACACUUGACGAAGAUGAUGUUUUCAUCAUCCACGUUGACGAUACACUGAUUAUUAAUGACCCAAUCACAAAUACGACUCAAAACAAUCGACAACCUGACAACAUUGAAAUACCUCCAUGUUUAAAUAAAAAUGAGAACAGUAAUAAAAGGAACAAAAUUUGUUCUACUGAUUCAAUUGAUGAUGAAAAUGAUCAAGUCAUGGAAACAACUUGUAUGAGCGACAUUGAACAAACCAUUAAGACAAAAUAUACCGCAAUUUAUUAUGAUGAUAAUGAUGAUGAUGCUAACAAUGGUGCAAAUAGAGUUGGUGCCAUCAAUUUAUCCAAUUUAAAGUGUGAAAAAAGUAAAUCAAAUCAGCCAACAGAGUCAGAAAGCCAAAAGCAGAUAGAAGUAAGAAAUACAAAUAAGAGCAUAUUAGAGAAACGUCGACUAAAUUUUUGCAUGAGCAAAAACAAGUCAGAUGUCAUAUUUAUUAAAAGUGAAACCUACGACGACAACAGUGAUGUUGUUGAUGUGUCGACCGAUAGCCACAAGAACAUUAUAAUUAAUAACGAUGAUUUCAACAGUGACAAUAACAACAACAACAAUGACACUAACAAUUACAACAACAAUAAUGAUAUUAACAAUUAUAAUAUUAACGAUGAUAACAAUUUCAACGAUGCUAAUCAUUACAACAGUAAUUAUGAUAACGUUGUCGGUUUCAAAUUUACGGACCAUGGUCACUCACUGACCAGUCAUCAUUUUGAUGAUGAGGAGGAUGAUGAUGGUGGUGAUAAUGAUCUUAUUAUCAAUAAUAAUAAUAAUCGUCUUAAAAAUACUUUAAAAAACCACGAUGCUGCUGCUGACAAUUGCAACAUCAACAAUAGAGCCAAAUAUUUAUCCGACCAUGAAUAUGAAGAUUUUGAAAGCAAGUCGUCAAGAAAUUUUGAAAACCUCAUAAGUCAGUCAAUGUCGAAUGGUCUGCUACCGUUGUCUGCACCCUCGACACAACUCCUCUCAUCACUGCACAGAAGGUACAGCAACAACAACAGCCUCAACAACAGUAGCAACGUCAGCCAUAGGUACACAUCAGUGCACCAGUAUAAAACUCCACAGACCUCAUCAUCAGCAACAACAACAACCAACAACAGCCUGACAUCAAAAUUAUGCUCCAAACUUUCCUCUCGAUUCGUCUGCGAGUUUCAGAACUGUGGCAUCACCUUCAGCAACAAGCAGAACCUACUGCGACACCAGACAAACAAACACGGUAGACCUAAGCUGGCCAGACGAUCCAAUCGAUCGAUCAAUGAUCUUCUUUUUAAUUUCAGGACACAGAUGACUUGA